UCUCUCUCUCCAUCUCUCUCUGUAUCUCUCUCUCUCUCAGUCUCUCUCUCUCUCUCAGUCUCUCUCUGUAUCUCUCUCUCUCUCUCUCGUUACCUGGAUCUGAGCUGUGGAUUCAUUGUCAUUCACUCGGCGUUCACGUGCUCUCGUGGAUGUGGACGCGCUUCGCAUUUCCACACGGUUUCUGCGUCUCUCCGCGGCUCGGAUUCGCUACUUUUAUAUCCGAAACACGAAUCCCGAGGGAAAUGCUCGCGGUUGUCCGGAGAGCGAGCAGUCCCUCCAGCAUCUGUUCCUCCGCGGACUCUUGAGGAUGCUGCCUCGCUGAGGAUCCGUGAUGCACCGUGAGGAUGGAUGACACAUGAUCAUCUUCUUCAUCAUGUCUCCAGCGGCUCCGGUGACGGACAGCAGCGCUGUUGAUGUCCUCCGCGAGCAGACGGACGCGCCGCGGGAAGCGCAACGACCCGUAAAGCAGUCUUUGAGCAAGUCUCUGUGCCGUGACUCACACUGGAAAUGCCUCCUCCUCUCACUGCUGAUGUACUGCUGUGUAAUCGCGAUGACCUGGUGCCAGGUCACGAAGGUCACACGCCUCACCUUCGACAGUGCUUUCAAAGGCAAGUCCAUGCUGUACCACGACAGUCCCUGUUCCAACGGCUACAUCUACAUCCCGGUGGCCUUCCUUGUCAUGCUCUACAUGGUUUACCUGGUGGAGUGUUGGCACUGCUAUUCGCGCAACAAACUCCAUUUUAAAGUAGACCUGGAGAGCGUCGCCGAGCGCGUGCAACGCAUGCAACAAGCCACGCCAUGCAUCUGGUGGAAGGCUAUAAGUUACCACUACAUACGCCGGACGAGACAAGUGACGCGGUACCGCAACGGCGACGCCUACACGACCACGCAGGUUUACCACGAGCGCGUCAACACCCACGUCGCGGAGGCCGAGUUCGAUUACGGGAACUGUGGGGUUAAAGACAUCUCGAGACACCUCACAGGACUGGAAGGGUUUCCAGUGACUAAGCUGCGCUUCACUAAGUGCUUUAGUUUCGCCAAUGUCGAAUCCGAGAACUCCUAUUUGACGCAAAGAGCGCGGUUCUUCACCGAGAACGAAGGAUUGGAUGAUUAUAUGGAAGCACGUGAAGGGAUGCAUCUAAAAAACGUCGAGUUUAAGGAAUACAUGCUUGCUUUUGCGGAUCCGGAUCGCUUGCCUUGGUAUGCAUCGCAGUGCAGCUUCUGGUUGGCGGCGGCGUUGACUUUAUCCUGGCCGUUGCGGGUCUUGAUGGAGUACCGCACGGCGUAUGUUCACUAUCACGUGGAGAAGCUUUUCGGGUUCGACUACGUCGCUGUUACGCCUCUGGAUGAGCGUCCGUUUUGCCACCGCAUCCCUCGGGUCAACACCAUCGACAGCACGGAGCUCGAGUGGCACAUACGCUCCAACCAACAACUCAUUCCCAGUUACUCCGAAACCGUGCUCAUGGAUCUGGCGCAGCAGUCCAGUUGCAACACGUUCUCGCCACGUGGCAUCGGCGCGGCUGGCGGAAACGGCUUCGGUGGAUAUCGGCAGAACUGCGAACGCUGCCAUCGGUCCAUAAGCAGCUCGUCGAUUUUUUCACGCAGCGCAUUGAGCAUCUGCAACAGCAGCAGUCCACGCUUGCCUUUCAGCGGCAGCCGGUUCUCGCUAGGCCGUCUGUACGGCUCGCGUCGCAGCUGUCUCUGGCGAAGUCACAGUAGUAGUCUGAAUGAUCCCAGCUGUCCGACGGAAAGCACGCGAUGCCUGACCGGUCAGUCGGCCAAUGAGGAGAGCCCACCUUCUCCGCCGGCCUAUCAGGACGCGUUGUAUUUUCCCGUACUGAUUAUUCACCGCAACGAGGGCUGCACCGGUCACGACCACCAUUCACUGCACCGUAAUGGAUCCUGCGUGGAGACUUCGUUAUAGCGUUAGCAUAAGGACGAGAACACAAACAUGGUGUUGCAUUUGUAAAAUGAACAGAAUGGUACAGAAAUGUUUGUACAAAUCUUUACCUUUCCUUCUAAAUGGCACAUGAUUGCAUUUCUUCAUAACAAACGCAGUCUGGCUUUUAUUGAUAUAUUUACACACUUGUGACGCAUCAUAUUCAGCUUCACUUUGUUGCAUUUGUAAUCAACAUGAAAUGGUAUUUUAAACCCAUUUUACUUGCAUAAUAUUACGUUUUCAGGUAAAACAACAUAUUCCAAGUGAAUAAAUGAGAGAUGUGAAAUGAUCCUUGUAAAAAUGACAAACUUUAUCCAUGGAGAAUUGACUGGAUCAUGAAAAAUGGUUGGACAUUAACAUUUUAUAUUAAUGACAUAACAUGCAUUGACAAAUAGGGCUCAUUUGAGUUCAUGUUGACUUCAAAUUAAAAAUUGCACAUUUUAAAUGAAAUUUGUUUUAUUAAAUAGAAAACUGGUGCCAUUUAUGAUUUUUUUUCUCCAUUAAAAUUUGAUCCAUUGAUUAGAUCAUUUAAGGUGAUUGGAGGAUAAGGGUUGAAAAAUACCCCAAAACAUCAUCCAAAAAGUAAUUUCAGAGGUGGAGCAAGUCGUGCCAUUAUUACUUUGCAAUAACAUGCAUUGAAAAAUCGUUCACAUGAAAACAUAUUAAUAAAGUAAACAGGGUUUAUUUGAGUUCAUGUUGACUUCAAAUGAAAACAGCAAAUGUAAAAUGGACAUUUCUAUCAUUUCCUCUUUGAUGAUUCAAUCGGAAUGUUACAAAAAACUUUCAGUUCUACUUGCAAUGUAUAUAUAAAUACACACACACACACACACACACACGCGCGCGCGCGCGCGCGCGCGCUCACACACACACACACACACACACACACACACACACACACACACACACACACACACACACACAAGCUUCAACAAAAACAAAGCAACAUACUUCCUUAAUGUUAAACAACACAACAAAUAAGACUGUUUUCUAGAAACACAAAACAACAGCUCAGACAUGAAAUGAUUAUAAUUUAUAGAGCUGUCCUGUCAAAGACAUAAAAAAAUAUUAAUACAUUUUUAAAUAAAUAAUAAAACCAUUAUGAGCAUAAAAUCACUUAAGGCAUGAAACAGAACAGAAAUUAUUCAGUUAAAAACUAUUCAUAAACACCUUUUUCUUCUGAUCUAUUUAUGGCAACUGUGUCAGUGCUAUGAAUAAUUUAAUACAUGCGCCUAAAGGACAUGAGAACCUCAAAAAAAUACAUGUUCUUUGAAAAUCCUGCUGGAUAUUUAAUAGACAUUAUCUAAUGUAUGUAAGAUAAUAUUUAAUAUAUGAAAGUAGGAUCAACUAAAGCAUUUCGGUUGUUUUUUGUUUGAUUUUCUGCAACUACCUCUUCUUUUUAUAGGACUGUAAGUGCCUCAGACUGCUAUUUUAGUGUUCAUGUUUAAUUAUUUAACAGCUUUGGUGUUGACAUUGCAUUUAUAUGUUUCCCAAGUUGCUGUCAUAAUCAUUUUGAGCAUUAAGAUCAGUCCUUUCCAAAAACAGAGAAAAGCAGGACUGAAAAUAACAGCUGAUGCUCAAAUGAUGUUCAAAAAGAAUCUUAAAAAUAGAAAUAGAAAUAUACAUAUUCCUGUUCCUUCAAAUACACAAAUUACCAUUUGGGAAAAUAUUUUCUGCAGUAUAUUUAUAUCUUUGUUUGGGAAUGGUCUUCACUUGCAGAAGCACCAAAACUUUGAUACUUUGUUUUAACAAAAUCCAAACUCAUCUGUAUAAAGCAUUAGCAAAAUAAUCUAUACAAGCCCAAACUGUACAGUGAACCUCUGCAUGAGCUCUGACAUAUGAACAUACUGUAAAUAUCAGAGUGAAUUAAUUAAAGGCCAGCGACUGAAGCACAGAACAGACUCAAAUACAGUCAAACUCCUUCACGAUCUUUACGCUUCCAAAUCACUUCAUCCUGUAGUUUAAAACAUUCCAGAGUAAGUUUAAAAUCAUAAGGUUCACCAUUUGUUUCGCAUUUUUUAAACUUAAUUUUAAUAAUAAAAAUGUCCUAUUAUUAGAUAUUUAAUUUGGUAAACCUUUCAGAUUUUCAGUUAUGAUAUUCAAAUUAUGUCUGGGUCACAUUUCACCCUAAAUCAAAAAAAAAAAAAAAAAAAAAUGUUAUUGUGAUAUUGUCAUGACUAAUCAGCACAUUUCCCAUUCAAAUUUUGAUUACGAAAUUCUGUAUGAAGUAAUAGUAAUAAUAAUAUUUACCAUUUGUUUCACAUUUAAACUUUUAAAAAAUAUAUUUUUUAAUGAUUUCCUCUUAUUAAGGAUUUAAUUUGUUAAACCUUUAAGAUUGUCAGUUAUGAUAUUAUAUCACAUCUGGGUCAUAUAUCACACAAUCAAAAGGACAAAAUAUGAAAUUAUAUUUUGCAUAUAUAGAAAAUAACCAUUUGUUUUUUUGUUUUUGUUUUUUUGCAUUGACAUUAUUUCAUGAGCAUUAUCAACAUUCCCCUUUCAAAUGAUGAUUACUAUAAUGUGAAAUUAUAAUAAUAAUAACAAUUAUUGUUAGUAUUAUAAAAAUAUUUAAAAUAAUACAAUAUAAAAAAUGAAAUGCUAGGAUUCGUUUUAUGCUAAAAACAUUUAAAUAAUAUGUUAUUUUAAUUUUAGUGUAAAAUAUGACCAGGACAUAUUUGAAGAGUGAGUUUUGCCCUAUAAUGCAA